AUUUCGGGUGCGUUCUUCAUCUUUCACGCGGACAUGGUAAUGGUAAUUUAUUACUCUCAGCUGUCAGAAAAUGCUGCAGAAUAAUUAUUAUUCACACAUAUUUUGCGCAGCUUCAAUUUCUUCAAAUGAAUUCAUUCGUAUUUAUAAAAAAUUACUCGGUGAAUUCACAAAAUUCCAAUGCAAAUAUAGUUGAAAUAUCCAUUGAACAUACCCAUAAACAGAACCUCUGAUUUACAAGUGUUUCCAAACAAACACAUGAACUAGACAUAAGUGACAUUAUCACAUAUCCGUAUGUAGUACGGAAAAAAAUAAAUUCCAAGGAAAGGCUAAUAAGAAUUUAUUGUGGAUUUUUUUUUUAAACUCGUUUUCAUUGUUUUGUUAAAAUAAUACAUAAUAUUUGCGCACACGUCACGUAAAUGGAGAUGUGUUCAGGCGAAACAAUUUCAAUUGAGUUGAAUCCGUGAUAUUGAAUAGAAGAAUCAAGAGAGAUAGAAUCUUGAAAAGAAAAAAAAAUAAUAAUUGGAAAUUUAAACGCAUUUAUAUAUUCGUUCGGAAAUCGCACAAUAAUUUUUUUAUGGCAAAAUGUCAGGUCAAAGUGAAGGUAAGCCAAAUGGCUUGGAGUUUUUGGCCGGCAAUCAAAAUGACAAGCAGUCAUCGAAUUUAAAUUCCAUCGAAACGGAUUUGGAGAUUGAGGAACGUUUGGGCAGUAUUUUCAAACGAUUAGAUCGCUAUGGAAAUGGGCGAAUCAACAUUCAGGAUUUAACUUGUGCUCUAAAAGGGGUUGGCAUGUCAGCCCAGUAUGCCGAAAAAUUCCUGAAGGAGUCAGACAGCAACAAAAGUGGUGAUGUUGGUUUAAAUGAGUUCAUCAAUUAUGUUCGAGAGCACGAAAAAAAUUUGCAAUUACAAUUUUCGCAUUUAGAUAGAAACCAUGAUGGAUCGGUGGAUUUGGAGGAAUUGAUAUUGGCAUUUAAAGAGCUUGGCAUUGACAUCGACAAGGCGGAAGCAACGAAAUUGCUAGAACGCAUGGAUCAGGACAAGAGUCUAAACAUAUCGUACGAUGAAUGGAGGGACUUCCUGUUGCUGGCACCGUCAACUGACUUGCAUGAUAUACUCCGCUUCUGGAGACAUUCAACGUGCAUCGAUAUCGGUGAGGAUAUGAAUGUGCCAGAUGAUUUCACAGCAAAUGAGAUGGCCAGUGGCAAAGUGUGGCGACACUUGGCAGCGGGUGGUAUUGCUGGCGCUGUAUCACGAACUUGCACAGCCCCAUUAGAUCGGAUCAAAAUCUUUCUGCAGGUGCAGGCAUCGAAAGCAAGCAUUUCAGACAGUUUCCGUUACAUGUUGAAAGAGGGUGGCGUGUCGAGCUUUUGGCGUGGCAAUGGAAUCAAUGUGUUGAAAAUUGCACCGGAAAGUGCCUUGAAAUUUGCUGCAUAUGAACAGAUUAAACGAUUGAUUCGUCAAAACCAAGACCGACCCAUGAGCAUUUACGAACGAUUUGCCGCUGGUGCUGUAGCCGGAGGCAUCAGUCAAUCAGCAAUCUAUCCUUUAGAAGUGUUGAAAACUCGAUUGGCACUCCGAAAAACCGGUCAGUAUUCCAGUAUUUUGGAUGCAGCAUCAAAAAUCUACACAAAUGAAGGUGUUCGCAGUUUUUAUCGUGGUUACCUACCAAAUUUGAUUGGAAUUCUGCCGUAUGCAGGCAUCGAUCUGGCUGUUUAUGAAACGCUUAAAAAUAAAUAUUUAAGUCAAUACGAAAAUGAGCAACCAAGCUUCUGGGUGUUGUUGGCGUGCGGCAGCGUAUCAAGCACACUCGGUCAAGUGUGCUCCUAUCCAUUAGCAUUAGUCAGAACACGGUUACAAGCACAAGUAAUCAAAAGCGAAACAGUGAUACAAAAAGAUAGCACAAUGACAAUGGGUGGGGUGUUCAAGCACAUCGUCCGAACGGAAGGAUUUGCCGGGUUGUAUAGAGGCAUCACGCCAAAUUUCAUCAAAGUGUUGCCAGCCGUAUCGAUUUCAUACGUCGUUUACGAGAACGCAAGCCGUGUAUUGGGCGUCAACAUGACAUGAUGACUUAGUCAAUUGAAUAUUACGUUGGAAACUCUUAUUCUAACAAAAAUGUAGUUUUUUUAAGAACAAAAACUGCAAAUUUCACGUUGCUAAAAACUUCCGUCAUUUCAUUCAUUCGCCUAUUUCAAUUAUUCAACAUUUUAAAAAGAAACUUAUACAAUUUAAAAGGGAAAAAAGACAUACUUUGAUUUUUUUUUUUGUGACAUGUUAAAAUGAUACACACAAACUUCCAUCAAAGAUGUAAAAUCAUUGAAUGGAAUGAAAUGAUCGUGAAUGGAAUAGAAAAUCAACAGCCUGAAUCAUAGAUUCUGAUAAAACAACGAUUUAUUAUGUUGCGUGUGACGCAUGUCUGGACUACAUCGUUCACAACAAAAACAGUCAGAUCAUAACAAUUGAAUGAGAAUGAAAAUUUUACGCAAGGAUACGCUAGAUUUGCAACGACAACAACAAAAAUUGUGGCGUUAUUUAUUGAUUAUUCCAUGGGUGUUCAUUUUGACUUUGCUUUGAAAAAGAUUUUUUAACGAAAUUAUCACAGUUUGGAUGAAAGACAUACAAAUAUACUACAUGAAUCACACCUCCUCCACAGCGUAAUCAGUGACUCAUGAUUAACGUAUACCGUUGAAAGUGCAGAAAAUUCAGCAGAAGAUCAUUUUUAUUCGGCAUUCUUUACAUUUUGAAUUAUUUAAAUUUUAAUUAUUUGGUUAUUUAUUGUAUUGUAUUUAAAAACAUCGAAUGUUCAUCGUGUUUUCGUGUUCAAGACAUUGCUGACAUCUCAAUGUGAUCUAAUCUGUAAUGCCAUCUGCCUAUUAUGAGUCAAACUAUAAUACGAAAGCAUCCAUCCGAGUCCGAUGAGGUGUGCAAUGAAUCAAUUUUAUAUUGUAUAGAACGAUUUAUGGAAAAGAUUGCUGGCCAACCUUUUAAUUGAUUAUAUUGUUUACCUGUAGCAUUAUUAGUUGAUUCGAAUUAAAUCAAUGGUUUCGUUUCAAAACGACUAUUUAUUUUAUUUAUUAUUUUCCAUGUAUAAAAUUUCCUUAUUAUCCAGAAGAAAACAAAACGUCUAUUUGGUUUAAAAAUAUUUCAUCAUUUUUAAGUUCGAAAUUGUAAUUGCAAAGAAAAAUACUAAAACCAAUUUUAAUUUAAAAAAAUAAAUUCUGGAUUUUAAAAACAA